AUUGGAGUGAUUGUGUCGCGUCAUGCUGGGGAAGCUCAAGCUCCCGCCCAGCGCCAUCCCUUCUCAGCCCUUGUCGUGCGACUGCCUGGGCAACCCAGCGCAAUCCAUGUGGCCACCCGCAAGCCAAACAACAGCUCACAACCCCCUCAUUAUUAUUGAUCUGUUCACCUGUCUCCCCUUCUCAACUGCAUUUAAUUGGCAGUCCAGGCCGCCAACUCGAGGUCAACACGUCCAACUACGUCACGCAACUCCCACCAACGAAACAACAACUUCUUCCAGAUAGCCCAUCCCCCAUCCUCCAAUUGACACAAUGGCCGACGACAUGCCGGCCGAGACCAGGCCGCCCGUCGCUGAAGGCGCCGCCGACGCGCCCGCCGCCGUCCCUCUCGCCGUCACCGCCCUCUCCGGGGCCGUCGCGUCGGCCACCGCGAGCGCCGCCGGCACCCCGGGCCCCGGAACGGGCGCCACGACGCCGGCGCUGGACCCGGACCAGAUCGACAAGUCGCUCAGGGUGUCGCUCGCCGACCUGACGGCCAAGGCGACGGCCCUGUACGUGCACAAGAACUACGAGGACGCCGCCGAGCUCUUCUCCCAGGCCGCCCAGAUGCAGUCGGAGAUGAACGGCGAGAUGAACCCCAGGAACGCCGAGAUCUGCUUCCUCUACGGCCGCGCCCUCAUCAAGGUCGGCCAGUCCAAGAGCGACGUAUUUGGCAGCAAGGCCCCCGACACGAAGAAGGCGAAGCCCGCCGCGAAGAAGGCGGCCAAGCCUACCGAGGCCGCCGGGGAGUCUUCAGAGGCCAAGCCCGAGGAGCCCUCACCGGCUGAGCGCAUCACCGAGGAGGGUGUCGCCAUCGCCGCGGCCGAGGUGGGCGGCGCCAAGGACGACUCUGCCCAGCCUAAGAAGCCUCUGUUUCAGUUCGAGGGCGACGACAACCUGGUGGACUCGGAUUCGGACGGAGAAGAGGCUGCCGAGGGCGAGGAGCAGGAGGAGGACGACGAAGAUGACCUCGCCACAGCCUUUGAGAUUCUCGAGAUGGCCAGGGUGCUGUACGAGAAGCAGCUGAAGGAGCUCGAGGAGGAGUCUUCGGAGGCAAAAGGCAAGGAGAAAGCCGAGGGGGAUUCACCCUCGCUGCGGCACGUCAAGGAGCGCCUGGGCGACACCCACGACCUACUGGCAGAGAUAUCACUGGAGUGCGAGCGCUUCAAGGACGCCAUCCCAGACUUUCGCAAGUCACUGUCGUACAGGAAGGACUUGUAUCCGCAAGAACACGAACUGAUCGCCGAGGCGCACUUCAAGCUCUCCCUGGCGCUCGAGUUCGCGUCAGUCGUCGCCGACAACGACGACAAAUCCGAAAGCGUGCAGCACGUGGACCAGGCCCUGCGCGACGAGGCUGCUACGGAACUCGAGGCGGCCAUCGCGAGCACCAAGCUGAAGUUGCAGAACCAGGAGGUAGAGCUGGCCAUGAACCAUUCUCCUGACGACAAUGACGUAACGAGAAAGGAGAUCACCGACAUUAAGGAGGUCAUCGCCGACAUGGAGCAGCGGCUUGUGGAACUUCGCGGCAUGCCGGUGGAUGUCGAGAAGCUCUUGGGCAAGGAUAACCCCCUCAGCGGUAUCCUGGGAGCCGCCCUUGGCGAGACUCCUAGCCAGGUCGAGGCCCGCGUGCAAGAGGCCACGAAAAACGCGACGGACCUUUCUGGGCUGGUGCGCAAGAAGAAGGCGCCGGCCGGUGAGGAGGAGAAGCCAGCUGUGGUCGAUGCCGAUGGUGCAAACGGCUCUGCCGCCAACGCCAACGCCAACGCCAAAGCCAAGAGCAACGGCAAGCGCAAGCUAGACGAGACCGACGCCGAUGCAGAAGCCUCGGACGACUCGACCUCCAAGAAGGCGCGCGUCGAAGAUGCUAUCUCGGCUGAGUCCUAACUCACGAGGUAUUCGCUGAGCAUGACGUUUAACCUUGCCCCGCCUUUUCUCCCCUCUCUACGCCUGUCUGGCUCCUUUCGCAUCUCCAUGUCGUUGUCUGGCCGACGGGAUCGGACGACGCACUCUACGCAGACGACGACUGAUGGAUCAUAACGGUCUACGAGGACUGUUUUACGACCGCUGUGUUUUCUUCUUUGCUUGAUCUGGCGAUGGUGAAUUUGCACGCCAUGGAGUUAAAAUCCUGUACUAUUACAUGUUUCGAGAAACGCAACGACGUGUCCUGGCAAUAUCUGGGUUGCCAUGUUUGGGGGAAUACGGGAUACUGGGUGGUGUUGGGCUUUGUCCCCCACUUUCUUUAGCAGGGGAUCUGUUAAAUAGGUGGCUGUCUGAAGGAGGAGGAGCUAGUUGGCCUCGAUAGGAAAAAGAAGAGCUUUUUGGCUUAUGGUGCCAGACUGAGA